CCAAAUCGGAGCAGCAUGGAGCGGCGGAGCAAGAGCCCAUGUCUUCAGGACAGCCCCGACCGAAGGAACGGCAGCCCUGAUGUCAAGGGGCCUCCCCGGGUGAAGGUGGCCAGGCUGGAGCAGAACGGCAGUCCCAUGGGAGCCCGUGGGAGGCCCAACGGCGCCAUGGCCAAGGCCGUGAGAGGUCUGAUGAUUCUGGUCUUCUGUGUGAUGGAGCAGUUGGAUGGCUCUCUUGAGUACGACAACAGAGAAGAGCAUGCUGAGUUCGUCUUGGUGCGAAAAGAUGUGCUUAGCCAGCUGGUGGAGACCGCGUUCCUGGCCCUGGGCUAUUCCCACAGCUCUGCAGCUCAGGCCCAAGGAAUAAUCAAGCUGGGGAGGUGGAACCCUCUCCCUCUCAGUUAUGUGACAGAAGCCCCUGAUGCCACCGUAGCCGACAUGCUGCAAGAUGUCUAUCACGUUGUGACGCUGAAGAUCCAAUUACAAAGUUGUUCAAAGUUGGAAGACUUGCCUGCAGAGUAAUGGAACUACGCCACCGUCCGCAAUGCCUUAAAGGAGCUGCUCAAAGAAAUGAACCAGAGCACAUUAGCCAAAGAAUGCCCUCUCUCCCAGAGUAUGAUUUCAUCCAUUGUAAAUAGUACAUACUAUGCCAAUGUGUCAGCAACCAAGUGCCAGGAGUUUGGGAGAUGGUACAAAAAGUAUAAGAAGAUAAAAGUAGAAAGAGUGGAGCAAGAGAACCUUUCAGACUAUUGUGUUCUGGGCCAGCGGCCAAUGCAUUUACCAAAUAUGAACCAGCUGGCAUCCCUGGGCAAAACCAACGAACAGUCUCCUCAUAGCCAAAUCCACCACAGUACUCCAAUCCGGAACCAAGUGCCCGCACUGCAGCCCAUCAUGAGCCCUGGUCUUCUCUCACCGCAGCUCAGCCCACAGCUCUUCAGGCAGCAAAUAGCUAUGGCUCAUCUGAUAAACCAGCAGAUCGCCGUCAGCCGGCUUCUGGCUCACCAGCAUCCUCAAGCCAUCAACCAGCAGUUCCUGAACCAUCCACCCAUUCCCAGAGCAGUUAAGCCAGAGCCAACAAACUCCUCUGUGGAAGUCUUUCCUGAUAUCUACCAGCAAGUUAGAGAUGAGCUGAAGAGGCCUAGCGUGUCUCAAGCUGUCUUCGCAAGAGUGGCAUUCAACCGUACACAGGGAUUAUUGUCAGAGAUACUGCGUAAGGAAGAAGACCCCAGGACUGCAUCUCAGUCUCUUCUAGUAAACCUGAGGGCCAUGCAGAACUUCCUCAACCUGCCUGAAGUGGAGCGUGACCGCAUUUACCAGGAUGAGCGAGAGCGGAGCAUGAACCCCAACAUGAGCAUGGUGUCCUCUGCCUCUAGCAGUCCCAGCUCCUCCUGAACCCCACAGGCCAAAACCUCGACACCGACAACAGACCUCCCUAUUAAGGUGGACGGAGCCAACAUCAACAUCACAGCUGCCAUUUAUGACGAGAUCCAACAGGAGAUGAAAAGAGCCAAGGUGUCUCAAGCCCUGUUUGCCAAAGUGGCUGCAAACAAAAGUCAGGGCUGGCUCUGUGACUGGAAGGAGAACCCCAGCCCAGAAAACCGCACCCUUUGGGAGAAUCUCUGCAUUCGCCGUUUCCUGAAUCUUCCCCAGCAUGAGAGGGAUGUGAUCUAUGAGGAAGAAUCUCGACAUCACCACAGUGAGCGCAUGCAGCUCGUGGUCCAGCUCCCACCUGAGCCCGUGCAGGUCCUUCAUCGACAGCAGUCCCAGCCGACUAAGGAGAGCUCCCCUCCCAGAGAAGAAGCACCCCCACCACCUCUUCCAACAGAAGACAGUUGUGCCAAAAAACCUUGGUCUCGCAUAAAGAUCUCCUUGGAAGCCCUGGGCAUCCUUCAAAGCUUCAUUCAUGAUGUAGGCCUCUAUCCUGACCAAGAAGCCAUCCACACACUCUCGGCCCAGUUGGAUCUCCCUAGACACACCAUCAUCAAGUUCUUCCAGAACCAGAGGUACCAUGUGAAGCAUCAUGGAAAGCUGAAGGAGCACCUGGGCUCCGCGGUGGACGUGGCGGAGUAUAAGGACGAGGAGCUGCUGACAGAGUCUGAGGAGAACGACAGCGAGGAAGGCUCGGACGAGAUGUACAAGGUGGAGGCCGAGGAGGAGAGCACAGAGAAGAACAAGGUGGCCCCUGCUGAAACUGACCAGAGAUAAUGUGAGCUCCACAGGCAGCACAAUACAUGGGU